UCGGUGUCUUGACAAUGAAGAAGAACGUUUUCUUGUGGACAUUUUUGAGUUGUUGGUUUGUUGUUGGAGGAUAUAACAAUGGAAUUGAUUAUUAUUAUUACUGGCGGGAAGUGAAUUAUGAAAAUCUCCCACUCGCAGAUGAUACACAAAUUGGACCAUAUCCCUACCACAUUCCUUCCAACAAUAACAUCUUGGGCAUUACAUAUCAUGAUCAAAGUGGACUAAUGAUAACUACAGUUGGUCGCCUACGCCCAGGAGUUCCAUCGACCCUUAAUGCCUUCUGUGUUGCUGAAUACAACCAAGGAACAAGUCCUCAUCUCUGGGGUUUUCCUGAUUAUGAGAAGAACACAUUGAAGGAAGAGUUUUACGCUGGUGGAGACCAAAGUCGGAAGUUUAACAAGCAAGACAAAUAUUCAACGAACUACCACAAUUACUACCAGAACAAUAACUACAAUGACUUCAGCAUUAUUUCGGUAUAUCAUCCCAUUGCGGAUGAUCGCUGCAAUCGCCUAUUUGCUGUAGAUACCGGGCUUCUACGAUAUGGACCAAACGAACCAAUUUACAAUGUUCAAAAUCCAUCCCUUAUUGUCUUUGACCUACCACCCCAUGGAUGUGAAACUCGAUAUUUCCCGCUGAGUCGAAGGGUAGAGAUUCCUAGUCAUUUAUGGGAUAAUUCUUUUGGAUUCCUCUAUAUCACAUUGGAUUAUCAGUCUAAGGGUUCUUGUGACGAUCUCUUUCUCUACAUUACAAAUGCCUUUGACUUUAGAAUCAUUGUCUACGACUAUAAACAAGGGGAUUUCUGGUACUUUGCGGAUCCCUCAUUUAGACCCUACAUCGCUGAAUCACACAUGGUUUUCAACAAAAACUUCGAAUACGAUUUUCCUGUAGGUAUCAUUAAUUUGGCUCUUGGAUGGCCAGAUAAAUACGGUAACAGAAAUGCAUACUAUGCUCCGGAAUCAAGCUUUGCAGAAUACGUUGUAUCCACCAAACUCCUUAAAAAUUCGAGGAAAGCUCCCUACAAUCCUGGUGAAUUUGAACUUAUCGGUUACCGCGGAUGUCGUUCUCAAAGCUGCCAGCAAAUUUUUGAUCAGUCUUCUGGUGUAAUGUUCAUUGCUGAAACACUGUUAAAUAGAAUUCGUUGUUGGAAUACCCAACUACCCCUCAAUCCUGAUACAAUUGCUACAGUAUUUGAAUCAGACGCCCUACAAUACGUUUCGGAGAUUUUUAUGGAUAAUGAAGGAUAUCUUUGGUUACUUUCCUGCCAACUUCCUUUAGUCUUACAUAGUGAUGCCCCUCUUGAUAUAUCUGAUAUCACUGCAAGUGUAUUCCGCAUAAGGGCGGCGGAUGCCAUCAAAGGAACGGUGUGCGAUCUUUCGAAUCAGUACUACCGUAGUGAAUCCGGAUUUUCUUAUAACAAUUCAACUUUAAAAGACUUGUAAUUUUAUUAUACUUUAACACUAAACCUACCAAGACCAGGUCAAAGGACAAUGGGCAAAAGUGGUCUAUGGUGCAACCACCAAUGAGACCUAUAUCAUUGGAUAGGCAUUUGUAAAGGUAACAAUUUUUGUUCGGGAUCAAAGCUCUUGAUCAUGUGGGAAAAGUUCUAGUCUAGAGCAUAAAAACUAUUUUCGUAGAAGAAAAAUAAUCACUUAUUCGAAAUAUGCGCAUUUAUAUUGUCUUUUUUUAAGAAAAUACAUAAAUUGCAACAUAAAAUGUAUUAAAUGAUUGCAUAUGCAUAUUCUCAAAAUAGACAUAAAACCAUGUAUCUUUACAAUGCAUAACAUGCGUAAAAGGACAUUGAAACUUAAGGGCUCAAAGUCAAAACGUGAAACUUUAUAUCUCCUCAGAUAUUUAUUAAUUGAAUUUAAUCAAUGAAUAUUCAAUCGAAAGGUCUCGAAAAAUCCUACAAAAUGGCGGAAUAGAUAAAUUCACAAAUUGACCGCAAGGGACUCUCCAGGUUAUUAAAGUUUUCAAAUAAUAGGAAAAGUUUUAAGUUUUUAACACUAACCGAUUUUAAUGAUCUUAUAAUCUGUAUGUAUGAUAUUGUGUUAUGGAGAGAUAUGGCCCCAUUGUAUUCAUCGAUUUCAGUAGAAUCAUUAUACAUAUUUUGACUUAUUUUUGUGACUGUGAUUUAUUUAUUUAUUUUCUUUUUAAAUUGUAAUCAGAUUUUAUAUGACUGAAUAGCCUUUCAAAAACCUUGUUUCCAUGCCGAGUUUCAACUUUCUAUCUUUUCUAAGAGAGGAGUAAUAGUGGAAAAAGUCCUCAUUUUGUAUGGGGGUUACAAGAAGGAGUGGAGGGGGAAGAAACCUUUAUACAUGGUUAAAGAGCCUUCGAUAAACCUUGAUCUCAUAUCAAGUUUCAGAUUUCUACGUCUUCUCAGAGGAAAGUUAUAAUGAAAAUAGUCCAGAUUUUGUACGGGGGUUACAGGAAGGAGGGGUGGGAAGAGGGGGUAGUAUCCAUGGAUAAAUAGCUGAAGUCAUACAUUGACUCCAUACCGUAUUUCAUGAAGAUCCCUUUGGCUGAUGUUGAGUAAUUUGAUGUUAAAAUAGUAUUUUUUCGAAAGGAUAAAGGCGUUUUUACAAGGACUCCCGGCGAAUAUCGUCCUGGGUCUCGG